GGUUUCAUUCGGUCCCUCGUGACUUCAAGUUGUCGAGAGUUGACCGUAUUAGAAAUUAUUUGUUUGAGACUUAUUUCUUCUUCUGAUAAUAAUCCCGUUUAAUGCAAAACUAUUGCUACAGAUCAGUCUUCGAACAUGGCUCCUGGUUAUGGUUCUUGUGAAACGCGGAACAGCCAAGUGCGGAAGAUUUCAAGGGCAGAAGAAGAGCCGCCAUUGACACCGCUACUCAACAGGACAGGUCCCAGAAGGUUCAUUGCAAAGAGAUAUAUUUUUUCGCUGUUGGCAUUCACUGCGUGUUGUCUAGCUGUGUCUUUCAACAUGAAUCUCAGCAUCGCUAUUGUCUCUAUGGUCAAGCGCAAGGUAGCAUUCAAUAAAACUACACCAAAUACGACUGAAGUGCCCCAGACGAAUGGCUCAGAGAUACCGAAGUUUAACUGGAACGCAGACAUCGAAAGUUUGGCUCUGGGUGCCGUCUACUAUGGACAACUGGUGUCCUUCAUUCCUGGAGGUCGAAUGGCAGAGCUGUACGGAGGCAAGAGGAUGUUGUGCUUCUGUACUCUGAUUGCAUCAUUGGCCACUUUGGUGUCGCCGUUGGCGGCCUCUUGCAACGCAUAUGCUUUCGUCAUCACAAGAAUUUUCGUCGGAUUGGGAACGGGUCCAAUCAUUCCUAUUGUGUUCUACAUGUUGAAUCGGUGGAUUCCUCACCGAGAGCGCAGCUUCCACGCGUCUUUCAUUUUGUCCGGUUAUGGGGUUGGAUCCUUCCUGGCAGUCAUCGUAUCAGGAGCCCUAUGUGGAACCCACUUCUUGGGAGGAUGGCCGUCGGUCUUCUACACUGGAGGCCUUUGCGGUAUUCUGUGGUGUCUGCUUUGCAUUUUCAUGAUGUGUGAAACACCAGAAACUCAUCCUACAAUCAGUCAGGAAGAGCUUGAGUAUAUACAGAUUGGCAUUGGCACAGUGAAAAAAGAAAAGAUUCUCAAAAUACCAUGGAAAGAGAUGGCGCUCUCUGUUCCCCUCUGGGCUCUAGCAAUCGGAUUUUUCGGCCAGUUCUGGUUGCUUGGCUUCUUCUCUACUGUUCAUGCAUUGUACAUGGGAACAGUUCUUAAUCUUCCCAUUGUUAAAAAUGGUAUAUUGUCUUGUUUGCCUCAUCUUUUACGAGCUAUUGCUACCUGUGCAGCAAGUUUCCCAGUUGAUAUCCUCCUGCGCUCAAGAACGGUCAGUGUUGGAUGCGUAAGGAAAAGUGCAACUGUAAUCAAUACAGUGGUGUCAUGUGCUGCUUUCUUAGGCAUAACAAUGGUAGGACGCAACGUAACAGCAACAACUCUACUCUUUAUUCUAGGCGGAGUUUUGGGAGAGUUUGUCACUUUUGGAGUUUGCCUGGCAUGCAUAGACAUUGCACCUAGUCUUUCUGGUACCGUCAGUGGCCUGAUAAAUAUUGUGGGAGUGUUUCCAUUUUUUCUGAUUCCUGUGCUAGUUGGAGCUGUUACUCAUUACGAAAAUUCAAUAAGAAAGUGGAACACGGUCUUUUACAUAAGUAUUGCCAUAGUUUCUGUAUCAACACUGAUCUUUGUCAUUUUUGGAGAUCUGAAGCCACAAUCUUGGGGUGUGUUACAAGAUACAAAACCCAGUAAUGAUGAUGUAAAUGAUGAAGAACCUGAAGAGACAAAAGCAAAAGAAGUGGAACUUGAAGACAAAAGGGAUCUUUUGAAUUCUUCAUAUCAUCGACUCUAGGCAUUACCAAACUGGGUUUUUUUUAGAAUGCACAUAAGUUUGAAAUGGACAGCAUUUGUACAUUUUACAUGUAUAUAUUCAUUACAUUCCAUAAAUUUUUAAAAAAUA